UAAGUUAACAUUAUUUAAAAGACAUGGGAUCGUGCCAGUCGUGCCUGGGGGACAAUGAUUCAACAUCGAGUAUACGGGAUAGAUCUCGGUCACCUAAACGAGUUGAACGCGCGCAAACUAGCACCACGCGAGGACCACCAAAUCCGGCUUCAUAUAAUCGGAGAGUUACACAGACUGCUCCAUUUGCGCGUCCACAGAAUGAAGAGCGCAUUGCAUACGAAAGACUAAACCGACCUGUGACGCAGCAGGUAGUAACACCGAUACGCAACGUUCAACCUACAGGAAACUACAAUGUACCAACUACCAGUUCAAGGCCACGAACCGUACCCACACAGCAGUUGUGCAAUGUUCAACCAAUAAUAAAUAAUAACAGACCAAUAUUUACCAUAGGAAGUGGCACCAAUACUCGUACAUGGGUGAGUCAUAUUUAUUAG